UUUUGGGAUACACAAUGCGGAUUAGAAUCAUUCCGCAUUCAAAGAAUUUCAAAGAGCCAAGCUUGGCAACGUGCCGGUCGCGCUGGGAGAGAGGCAGCUGGGGUUUGCUUACGCCUGUACACCGAUGCAGAGUACAAGAAAAUGACACUUCAUCCACAACCAGAGCUAGUCCGAGCUCCUAUGGCCGGAGUACUACUCAAUCUGAUCGCCAUGAAUGUCAAGGUGAGCAACUAGUCCGAUUUGCACCUAAUUUAGACCAUUUCCGGUUGUCGUUCCCCAUAGUUUUCCCCGGGCUUCUAAUAAUUCACUAG